AUGAAGUGGUCCGUCGUCGUUUUGCUGCUCGGAGCUUUGGCAUUCACUCAGUUGAACGCAGCGAAAAUCCCGAAAUCUUCGUCGAAUUCCGGCGACAGCGAUGGAGACACUGAAGAAGAGACUCCUCGAAAGACUUGGGUUAUUUUAAUGUUUCUUUUGAAAAAUAUGUCAAAAAUAAGACUUUGGGGUACUCGAAAAAAAAAACCUAAUUGAAAAAAAAAGAAUUAAAAUAGAAACCGGAGAAUUUUGUCCACAGAGCAACUUUACUGCAGAACGCACGUUUGCCGGAAAUUCGAAUUUUUUUCUCUCCAGCUUUGAAUUGUUUUCCGAAACUAGGACCUUUCGUAAAUUUUCAAGUGUAAACGCAAUAAAGAGCUCUAAAUGAAAAUGACACAUUUGUCCUUCAAAAAGGCAAAACUGUUCGUAAAAAUUCUAAUUCCAGGUUACCACAACAACCGAAAGCUCGUCUUCUGAAUUUCCGCUCAUUAAGGAGCUGAUAAAAGUUCACACAGGCGUACUCAAUCGGUUGCAGAGAGCCUUGGAAAUGGCAAGAACUCACAAAACCAAAAAAAAUUAUGAACUAAUUUCGAUAAGAGAGUGCGCCGGAGGGGUUUGCAAAACCUCUUAACAAAUUUUAAUUGUUAUUUCAAUAGUAUUGGGAGAUUUUGGCCCCAACCAUCUACUUCAUACGCGGAAAAGUUCCCAAACAAUGCAGCGACUUGCAAAAAGGAGGUCUUCGACUUUUUGGAGCACAAAUAGAUCGUGAAGGAUCAAAAAGAAAUUCUUUGAUAAUCUUGACGCGAAAGUCGAACUUUUUUUGAAUUUGAAAUGUAUAAUAAAAAUUUUUUUGUACAAAGGUGUUACGCAAUAUAUUCAAAGAAUAUGAAUUCGUGAAAAACUGUCAAAUUAUGAAGUCGGAAAAAAGUCAGUGGAAGUUUUUACACAAGCGUAAAUUUGACGAAGACGAAGUUGUUUGAGAAAAUAGUAAAGGACACAAAAACGAUCGUUUUAUUUUUUAUGCUGAUGAUGUUACCCAGCCGUGUUGUAGUCUGUGAGCCAAGACUUGAAAUUUCACCGAACGACAUUUCGCUCUUCCGCUGCGUCGCGAAGCGUCUUUUCGAGCCGCGGCCUCGCUUCGGUUCUCAUUUCUGAUAGAUGGACUGUUCCACUAGAAACACGUGUUGGUCGAGUUCUUAAAUAAAAUGGAAAAUUAAAGGCGCGCAAAGGCACGCAGCGGAACAGCGGAAUGUGGUUAUAGCUCUCGUCGGGUCCACCCGUAUUAAAUACAAGCACAGCUGGUUGAACUUUUGGCAUUUCUCAAAAAGCCUCAAAAAACACAGGAAUCGAACAUGUGACCCUGAGGACCGUAGAUUGGCACACAACCUGUUGCGCUACGGCGCGCCCCCAGGAGAAAGUUAA